AUGAUCAAUGAUGAAAAUGACGAGGAAUUUAUCUAUACGCCCAAGGGAAAGCUCUCAAAGAUUUUGUAUAUAAUUCACCUAGUGUACUUCGUUAUUGGAGUUUUGAUGAUUUCUCUUACAUUUGUCCAGUCAACUCACCUCAUGGGGUUCAUCUACGGCGUGAUUUUAACCAUUCUGAGUGGCCUUUUGUUGAUUUGAAUCAAGAUAAAUUCGAAGUCGGGCAAGAUUCGUAGUAGAAAGCACAUUUUUAUAGCUCUAACUGCUAUUUUAGGGCUCUUUUUCCUCUGGGUACUAGUUGUGUUUAGCAUCAGACUUCUUAAUUUCAUUAGAAGUCCGAGAUUAAAACUAGUUAGGCCACCCAGCUUAGAGGAAUCUAUCGAGGCUAUUCAGACAACUGAUAUCUCUCAGCAAGGAUUUUAUACACAUUAUGAUUCAGAAACUGGCAAUAUUAUAGGAAACCUAGCUUUUCCUACCCACAAUGUUUACCUAAGCGAUGUCCUAUUCAAUCUCGAUAAGUUCGUCGACUGUGCUGGUGAAGGAGGCAACACUCGAGUCCAAAGAAAAGAACUCGGCGGCAACAUCCUCUCAGACCCUCACUUGCUCGUCCACGUUAACACCGCCAGUAAUUGGCUUGGGUUGAUCCAGGAUAGACUUCUCUACCUCCAGACCUACGAAACCCCCACUCCAACAACCUGGCUGUGCCUAAACCGGAUCACCAGGGCCUUCUUCAGCACCAGUCCUGACUGAAUCCAGUCUUUAAUAGAAUGCGUCAUCGAAGCAAGCGAGUAAUCCUCC